UCCUGAUUUUUUUUCGUUUCGCUGUAAAUGAAAACAGCUGGUGCAUAUGACCUUGCAGGUUCUAGAAAUAUAUAUUGUACGCAUGCGCAUACAAUUGCUGUAAUCAGCGCAUGCGUCUCUCUCGGCAAAAAAAGUCACGUUGUGGUAGUAAAGGGAUUCACUCGUUCAAGACAAAAUUUAGCCACGGCCAUGGCAUUUUCAGCUGUACGAUCAAUAUCUGGAGCAGCCUGUAGACUUCUGAUACAGACACGCCCAUCAAAUGUGUCAGCGACAACAUUCAAGUCGCUUUUGAACUCUAGUCACCAGAGCCAAACAUAUCGUGCUUUUGCCAGAUCCAUGUGGUACAUGAGCGGGUCAAAUAGGAAGUGCAGUGGCUCCACGAUAGAAGACGUACAUCGUGCGUCUGUGAAGUUGAAUGGAUGGCCACAGAGGUGUGCGUGUUGUGGUCUUCACACUGAAGGGGAUAAAGAGUUAUCAAAAUAUCUUCAAAAUGAAAUCAACCUGGAAAAAGAUUCCCACAAUGAUCUUCCUAAAUUGCCUGGAUUUGAAGUGUCAAUGGAUGGAAGCGAAGGAAUUCUAACAAAACUAAUGGAUGGUGAACAGAUAACAAUAAAAUUUAACGUCAACCACUCUGUAGAAUUUGAAGCAAGUGGGGAAGGAGAUGAAGAUGGAAAGAUGCAAUCAUAUCCAAAUUUUGAAGUCACAAUUGUUAAAUCUGGCAAACCUAAAAUCUCUAUGUCUUGUCGGUUUAUAAAUGACGAAAUGGACAACGACGAAGCCCAACAAGAAGAAUCUGGAGAAGACUACUUCCUUAUUGAUGAAGUUGUCAUUAGCAACGAUAAGGUCACAGAGAAGACAUAUGUCAUGGGGUCAGAAGUCAUGGCUGGGGAGCUGUACGACAUGCUGAUGAACAUGCUCAGCGAGCGGGGGAUCGACAACGAUCUGGUUGAGAAGAUUUCAGUCUUUGCAAGUUCAAUGGAACACACACUCUACAUACAGUUCUUAGAAAAACUUAAAAACAUCACCAGUAGUUAAACCUGCAGAGCACAAGUUGAUAUAAAAAAAAACAUGCAUGUUCGUCUUCAGAUUGGCAGUAUGUAAAUGAAAUUAUUCUGUUCAUGUUUAUUUUAAAUGAUAAUAAAUCAAUUCAGACCCACCAGCCUCUACUGUAUGUACCGGGUAUGUUCCAUUGAUACUAACAUUGUAUCGUGGCAUGUACAGUUAUGAUCUACCAUGAUUUUUGAAAUUCAUUCAUAACACCUAACUCAUACUUCAGUUUCUUGUUUGUACGUUAUUUUUAUUUUGGAGCGUCAACUAAAUAUCAUACGGUAGGGAAUACUGUGUUUUAUUUUUGCAAAGAAAUUAGUUUGACAGGAAGUGAUUUGCUGAAUGUGAUGGAAACAGAAAAAAUCUUUAUUUUUAUGCUGUAGGUGCUAGCCAUUGAGAUUUGUGUAAAUUCAUGUGUAUUAAAGAUGCAAAUAAACAAGCGUAAUCUCACAAA